AUGUACCAAAGUGUCCUCUCUCCGCGUAAUCGCCGCCGAGUUCAACAGGUAUCAACUGAAGAAGUCAACUAUUUAGAUCGAUGGCCGCCCGCCAACUGGUUGGUCAAACCCUUGGUGAAGGGAGGAGUAGCAGGAGUCGCAUUCGAGAGGAUAGGCAAGGAGGAACGGGACGAGGGAGAUACGAUGCGACAAGCUAGGCUCCCGUCCGCAAUAGCUAGUGGGCGUAAGGAGAGAGUAAUGGUCCAAAGAUUCCAGCUCAGCGGCGGCCAGGUGUCAGAUAGACAGCUGGAGAUCGAUAUCGCGGGGGAUCCUUCCUUUGAGUCAGCGGAAAAAUCUGAUAGCGUAGUGGACAAGAUAACUCUUCACACAAGGCAUGAAAGCCACCGAGGGGAAAGGCUGCACCGCACAAGUGGCUACGAAUACCAAAUUCUCUACAACAGGACACCGACCGUGGCAAGAUAA